AGAAGGAGGUGGUAGCUAAGGGAAGCAGCUGGGAACACAGGGAAGUCACUCUGAACUCUACACUUCAGUCUUCCUUCAGCUGUGGAGGUUACAUCCACUACAGAGCUAUUUUCUUCCAACAGAAGCAAAUUGGUUAACUCUGGCAAGUGAAGUUCAAGGCAUCUGAAAAACACCCCUGGACAGCACACGCAGAGAGAGGGGGGAGUAGUGGUGUGUGAGUUGGAGCACUGGGUUAUUGCCCACUUCUCAAUUACGUCUCUCUUUCAUGCAACGUAGCCAUACACUAUGGAGUUUCCUGAAAUGAUGCUGAGUGAAGAUUUUGACAACUACUCCUAUCUCUAUGAGUAUGAGGAAGAUGAACCACCCCAGUCCUAUCUCAGUGUUGCACACAUCAUCUCUCUUUCCUUAUGCAGUGUGGCUUUUCUCCUGGGGGUGCCAGGAAAUGCCAUAGUCAUCUGGUUUAUGGGGUUUAAAUGGGAUAAAUCAGUCAGUACCCUCUGGUUCCUCAACCUGGCCAUUGCAGACUUCAUCUUUGUUCUUUUCCUGCCUCUCUACAUUACGUAUGUGGCCAUGGGCUUCCAUUGGCCCUUUGGGAAAUGGCUCUGCAAGGCUAACUCCUUCAUUGCUUUACUAAAUAUGUUUGCCAGUGUCUUCUUCCUGACCAUCAUCAGCCUUGACCGCUAUAUCCGCCUGGUACACCCAGUCUUUUCCAACAAAUAUCGGACCCUAAGGAACACCCUCAUUCUGAGUGUGAUUAUUUGGAUUUCAGCUGCUAUUAUUGGUGCCCCAGCCUUACACUUCAGAGACAUAAUUACAGUUCACAACUCCACUAUCUGCUAUAACAACUUCCAUCCGCAUGACAAAGAACUCAUUUUGAUGAGGCAUAAUAUUUUCAUUUGGGUGAGGCUUGUUUGUGGCUACCUCUUUCCCCUAGUGACCAUGGUCCUUUGUUACUCAUUUCUAGUUCUGAAGGUGAAGAAGAGAACCAUGCUGACUUCCAGCAGGCUUUUCUGGACCAUCCUUGCGGUAGUUGUAGCUUUUUUUGUUUGCUGGACCCCCUAUCACAUAUUUACCAUUCUGGAACUAUCUGCUCACCAUAAUGAACACUUCCAUGACUUGCUUGUAAGCGGUAUUCCCCUUUCUGCUGGCCUGGCUUUCAUCAACAGCUGCCUCAAUCCAAUCCUCUAUGUUCUGAUUAGCAAGAAGUUCCAAACCCGUGUCAGGGCGACAGUUUCUGAGGCACUAAAACUUGCAGUCUGGGAGGUCAGCCGGUCUGCAACAGUCAGUGAACAACUGCGGAACUCUGACAACAGUUAUCCGGCUGUGCGGUAUUGUGAAACCACUCAGUGACCAGCUCUUAAAAAUCUUUCUCACUGCAUAUAACCAGCAGUAGAUUCACAGUCAAACAGAUGUGUAUCUUAGCUACGAACAAGAACAGUGGGUUGAUUGCAAUCAAUUUAAUGCUGCACCCCACGUUAGCUGGAAUUUUUUUUUUUUUUUUUUUUAAGGCUGCAGAAUUUGGAUAGGAUGCUAGUUUGAUGUAUAAAGGGCCUGAGUCAAAGCCCACUGCAAUCAGUGAGAUUUGGAUCAGAUAGAGGAACAUUCCCACUAUUAAUCCUGUUGUGUAAAUUCCAGAAGAGGUGUUGAAAGUGACACCUUCUCAACAUAAUCAUAUAUAACAAAAAUAUUUCUUUGUUGAAUUACGUAACACCUUAGAUCCAGGAGUUCUCAGCCUGGAGCUCACACGCAGCUGUCAGGGGUCAUGAUCACACCACGCUUCCAAUAGCGCUAAAUAAGGAGAACUCCUGGUUAGAUCCCAGCUAGGUGGAAGGGGGAGGAGGCCCAGUCUGAGAAAAGGGUCCCAAAUAUGGAAAAGGUUGAA